AUGAAAGCCUCACUCGUGCUCCCAACACUUCUCGCCCUCUUCGGCACCCGCACCCUGGCAGCCACACCUCCAGGCUGUCUCCUCAGCGCCGUCAACACUCAGGACAACCCGACCGACCUUUCGUCCAUCUGCGGCGACGAAGCCACGGAGGUCCAGUCUGCCAUCAACAGCCUCUGCAGUGGCUCCACCAACAAGUCCGCGGCCCAGUCUGCUUUCAUCGCGACAUGCUCCGCGGCAGGGUCUAGCGUCGCUCCAUUCACCGCGACUGCGACUGCGACUGCGACCACCACCAACGGCCCUUCCUCCUCUGGUAGCUUCGUCUACACCACCGUCAUAUCCGGCAGCACAGUCGUCACGUCGGGCGCCUCGGCCCCGACAGACUCAUCCGCUACUACGACAGGUAGCUCAGCCUCGUCGACGAACGCAGAAGGCGCCUCGGCAACGGGCAACGCCGCAUCUGAUCCACGACAAGUGGGAAGCUUUGCGGCCGCGGUAAUUGCGAUUGCAGGUGUGGUUGCGGUCUUGUGA